CUGAUUGGUUAGUUGACUGAGCCGCGGAAACCGUUGAAUGCGAAAUUUAGAUAUAAAUACAUAUGCUUUAGAUGCUUACGGCGGUGAUCGAAGACAUUUUUCACUUCAUAACAAGCAACCCAGAACAUUCCCUUUGAUUUACAAUAGGUCUAUCGUAAAGAGAAUGUGGACAAGAUUAACUUUCCUUUUGAUUCUUGGGUUGGUUUCUGCGAAACCGGUGCCAGAAAUUAGCCUCCAAGAGAUAGAGAAAGGUGAGUACAGUCGUUAACUGACUUGAAAUAGCUCAACGAAUUUGCUUUCGUAUUUAUGUGCAUUUCUCCUUAUUUCAAAAUUUUGUACAGCCAACUAUUCCACUGUAAUGCUUUUCAUUCCCUCGCCUUUCGUUCAGUUGAUCGUAGCCCUAUUUGAUAGAAUUCAUGCUUGUUGUAAAGAAGCCUGAUCUUUCUAACGUAACAGCUCGACAUACCAUUGUUCCAAUUUUAUACCCAUCUACGAGCUUUAAAGAAAAAUUACAGCUCGAACUGGAGUUGAUGAAAUUUUCUGUCGUUGUGUUUACGCAUUUAGCUUUGUAGUUGACAGUUCUGCAAGGCCAGAGAGGAAAACAGAACAAAAUAAGAAACAAUGCGGCGGUUGAUUUUCGGGUAGGGUUCUUGACAAUUUCAGCCGCGCGGGGGAAACAUACUUAUGACCUUUUUUUUUAUUUCAAACUUUCAUGUUGCAAGGUUAGGUCCUUAAUCACUGGGCAAACAUUGAUAAUAAGUCAUAGUAGAACCAAAUUUAAAACAGAAUAGGAGGAGAAAUGAAAGUUAUUAUCUAUCUCGCUCGUCUGUUCAUUUGCCUCUCUCACGUAUAACACCUUUGACCUGAAACAAAAGACUAAGUAUCCAGUUGCAGUAAUGUGUUGUUUAUGGGUACGGUUGGGCGCGGCGCAUUUCUGGAGUCUGCAGAAUAUUUUAUAACUUUCCUCCCCAAGUAAGGUAGGAUUCGGACGAUUUUGCGACACGUUAUGAAACUUAUUAAAAGUUUCGUAAGCGGGCAGGACACUCGGAAACAAAGGAAAUAUCUACCCUUUGGGUUCCGUCUGAAAAAAUCACCGUAAGUGAAGUUAUGACCUCAGUAAUAUCUAGCGCAAAGUGAUAACAGAGGCAAUGCCAGACAUUUUUGGUUUCGUUUAAUUAUUAUUGUCUUUCAUAAUGUUAUUGCGGUAGUUUUGGGUGCGUUGUGAAAAGUACCAAAAUCAUUUUUCAUUAAGAACGUUAAGAUGAACUUUUUCAUUGUGACAAAAAACCUUAUGAUAAAGGGAUUUUGGUGUCUCAAGGUAAACAACAACACACAGAAACACGUAAUCAUUUAUUGCGUUAGCAAGUAACAAGUUAAGUUUGAUGCUUGUCUAAGAGAGGAUACAGAUUUUCUUCCCUAAAAUUCAGAAACCGUUUAAAGCUCGCUUCCGUGUUUUCCAAUAUUCAUUCUUUCAAAAGUCUUAAAAUCGUUUUGCUUAGACGCGACGUGAUUUUGGGAGUGUUGGAAAACAAAAGAUAAAACGAUUUUUUUUUAUUAACAAAGCGAAUUCCUUUAUCUGAUAAAUAGGAUACGUGUAAGCCAUUAUGAUGUUUUUCUCACACAUUGCGAAGUAUGAUAAGUCCACUCAUCAUUCCUGAAGUAUUAAAACAAAAACAUUUGGAAACAAAUUGCAAAUAUUUAAGCGUUCAAAUUGCCUCUUUCGGAAGGUAUAAGACACCUGCUACCUAGAGCGCUGCAUCUGAAAAAAAAAAAAGGAAAUUUAUCUUAACUCUGUCUUCUUAAGACGAUUGCCAUCUUUUGAUGCCCCCUCAAAAGUCUUUAUAAACAGUGAAGCUUUUAGGAUCAACACAAUAGAAGUACUGUUCCAGAUUAACAAAUACAUUUGACAUUUUUUUCGUCCCUAUGAAAUUUUUCCGAUUCAUCAAAUCUUUUUUGCUGCCGAUAGCGUUUUCGUUUUCAAGAGUAAGGCAAACACCCAAUCACGGUUAUUAGUGUGUUCAAAGAAAUAAAAUAGCACUCUCAAUGCGGAUGUGCAAAGUGUUCGUGUACAGCACCCUUUUUUCUGUGAGAUUCUUUUUAGAAAAAGUGGGCAGGGAUGAGUGGGUGAGGAAAGGUGUCGUCUUUCUGUUCUCUCUCAACCUCUCAUCGCCUCCCUGCCCUUUGACUACCCUCUCCCACCCACUUAGUACAUGUCUUGUUUCUUUAUCCAACUUUCCAAAAUUCUUAGAAUUCAACAUGGCGGUCAGACAUUUCGUCAAGAAACACUGAAAUCAGACAUUCGCUCGCUAAAAAUGUACCUGUUGGCUUGAUAUGAUGAGGGAUGCCUGGCUUAACUUAAUUGUCAAUUCUCUCUCUGUAGAACUUCAGGAGUUAACUGCAAAGGAACAUGAUACUUCAGGUAAUUUCACUGCCUUUAAUUUUACUCCCAAAUGUAAAUUAUGUGAACAGAAGAAGGGAAUAGAGAAGGCAAAUUGAUCGAUUAGAGUGUGCUAUCUUGGAACAACCCCAAGUUCUCUGAACUGACUCACAAAGAACUGUAAAGUACGUAAAGCAGCUGCAAAGGGGAAUUACAAAUUAGUUCUUGAGAUCAGCUUCUUGUAAACUUAAACUUAGUUUUGAUUGUAAGGUAAACUGCCCACUCAAGGGGUAGCCUAUAAAGGCAUGCAAGGAGCAAAAUAUAAAGGGUGCCAGACGGGCUAGCAUUAGAGCCCCUUGUGAUUGCCUUCACUUGUUGAGGAAAAAAAAAACAGUUUUGCAGAGCUACAGGGAAGUAUAGGGAUCUGUGGUAAACAAUUUUGACUGAUUAUUGAUUUGUUUUCAUGUGAUCAGAGACAACAGUAAAGAAGACUGAUCAAGCAGACACGCCCAAAGAGACAAAGUCUGGUAAAUUUCAAACUUCAACCAUACAAAUCUUCUAUUUAAUUCUUAGGGCCUUUUUUCCAUCAGAGUUGACUGUACCUCAAUGUCCCAAAAAUUUUGAGUUUCUAAGACUGCCUGCCUUUUUUAGCAGCAUCUUGUUGACUUGAACUUACAACAGCUCAUUAGUUUGAUUUAAAUCACUAUUGUUUUCUUCAGAUGUGGCUACAAAGGAGGAGACAAACAGUGAGGAAAGUCUCAUAAAAAGUAAGUGUGGUUAGAGCAAAAUAGUCUGUCAGAGGGUUCCAUGACUUUUUUUCCCAAUAGUUUAUUUUUUAAGAUUAGGCUAAAUGAUUGGGAACCCUACACUAAACCCAAUUUUUACUUGCAGGUUCUCUAGAUGCAACAGAGAAGAAAGAAGAAGAGGUGAAAAGUGAUGCAGAGACUGAGAGAAAGAAAUCUGACUGUAAGUGUCUCCUAUUUUGUGGCAUGUUUUUGUCAGAAACUUUUUGUGACAAUGGUUUGAAACUCAGUUUAGAUUUCUGUUAUCAGUUAAAAUGGAAUAGUGCCUGAGUCUUACAGUCUUAGUGCUCACAUGGUGAACCAAAACUAUAUGUUUUAGUGUGAAUAUCACCAAAUCAUUGAUUGUGCUUAAUAUUGUCCACAGAUCUUGAGGUACCACCAAGAAAACCAGUUAAACCAGGUAACUUUCUACAAACUGCAUCCCUUUUCCUCUAUUAUCUCUCAAAAUUCUUUCAACCUAAGAAUGUUCCUGUUCAAGGCGUUUAAAUGGUAAUAGCUUCUAUUCCUUGUAGCACUCAGCUGGUUACUACUUGGAAGCCUGGAAUGAUGUUUGGUUUUCCCAUUAUAAUUUUUUAACUGAUUACUCCUCUUUUGAUAAAGAAGUACUGAGCCUUUUCUUUUAAUUGUUACUUUAUGAAUUAGGUCCUCCAGAGAUUCCUCACCGUGAUGCUGCUAAAUAUGGUAAGAUACAUUUAACCUCAGUACUCAUUUAUUUGGUGGUUCAAUCACAUUUUGAGGGAGUGUUAUAAAACCAAAACCUAAGAUAUCACAACAGCUGAUCAGAAAAAGUAAAUACCCCAAGCAAAGUUAGAGCAAUGCAACACGUUUACAUUCUCCUCUCAAUGAAAAUUACUCUUGAUUUAUAGAGUGAAUGAGAUGUAUCACAUUAAGGACUUUUAGGGUACCUGUCGAGUACAAAAAUCUUCUCUCUUUCAAGCAAUUAGGCGAAGUAUCUAAACUGGUGGGUUCUGAUAUAGAUUGAUCCUCUGAACAAAUCUAAUAUCCUGUUUUAUUCUGACUCUAGAUUUUAAAAAUACUGAAGCCUACAGGAGACUAAUAGGUGGGUAUUUUCUGAAGUUCACACCUCUAUGUCACAAAAUACAGACUUAUGUACAUUUUUGUGUCACAUAAUUCCCUUGCUGAAGUAGAUUAAACUAUGAAAUUAAAAAAAAUACAAAGGAAGCAAGGGAAAACAAAAAGGGAAAAGUUUUCAUUAGGGAUGCACUGAAGUUACAACUUAUAAAAGAAUAAAGGGUAAAUUUUUCAAGAUAAACAAACCGUGAGCUACAGCUUCUUUUGAACUUCUACCAGGAAGAGAGGGGUUGUCAAGAGCCACACAUUAUGCUGUGGUCCUCUAAGUUUGCUAUUUCUCUUAUGUUAUUACUAACUUAAAAAUUACCUUCUUUGUUUUUCCAGAAGCAAGAAAUUCACGAUUGUUGUCUCAGCUACGUAAGUGGCCAAGAGAUAUUAUGAAGACCUUUUUCCAUUAUGAAUUGAAAUUUCAAUGGUUAGAGUUAAUAAUUUUGUUGUUUCUUCUUGUAGGUGAGGACUAUGAUAAUGAAUACCCUCCUCCACCUUUUAAAAGACCUAGUAAGUUUUUUUAUGGUUCAGUAUCCAAAAGACUGUGCUAAAAGAUGGCCUCUCUGAAUGUGGUACUUAAUUUAUGUCUAAUUAGUUUAAUAGAUUUUUGUUCAUAUAUCUACAAUCAUUAUUCAUCACUUGGAUGGUUUAUUUGGACCCAACAUAAUGUUGGCUUGCUAGCUCAGUUGAUAGAGCACUGCACUGGUAUCGCAGAGGUCAUGGGUUCAAAUCCUGUACGGGCCUGAAUUUUUUUUUUCAGGUCUUAUUUUCAACUACUAGCACAGUAGUGUUCAUAGCUGGGAGGAUCUCUUAUAUUCAAGAUUUUUGUUCAUUCUAUCAGUGUUUGUUUUUAGUACUGUCCUGAAACAUAUAAAUUACAUUUAUUAAGAUUCACCCAUGUUAAAAUUAUAGCAUAUUAGGGUCUCAGUUAAAAAGUUAUGAAUAAAAAUAGGUAAACCUAUUUUUAUUCAUAACUUUUUAACGAAGACCAAAAAUAAUUACAACAGGUAAACAGAUAAUAGUGUCCUGACCUACUUCUGUGAGAUAAUUCAACUUUUUAAAAUGAGUAUAACCAUCCCAAUCCUUAUCCGCCAAUUCCAACAAUACCAUCAACGUAUUUUCAAUUUCUGUAAUAUCCGUUUAAUUUCUAAAAAUUAUCUUAGUGUUCCUUUUUUCUGUACAUAGCACCAAAUGUCUGUUUUGCAACGCUUUUACACAACCCCAUGCGUUCUAGCACCUAUGUAUUCCCCGGCUCAACUAUUUUAUUUUACUUCUUGGUCGUUUGAGGCCUCAUGUUUUUCUUUCUUUACAGAUUUUCCCGAAGCUCCCCACAGGAGAACAUAUGGUAACUGAUUUCCUUCACCUUCUUUCUUCAUUGCCUUUAACAUGAAUCUCAAUUUUUUUAUACCGCCCGCAUUCCCCAACAAUUAAUUUUCUUAAUAAGUAUUUACAUCAGAACAAUUGCAAGAAUUUAACACCAGAUUUUCUUCUAAACGUUCAUUUCAUGACAAAUUUUACAACUGCGCGGUGUAUUAGUGUACUCAAACCAACAGAGCUUUAUUGUAAAGUGUGGUACACCCUAAUACGUCUCUUGUUUAUUUGAUUUUAUUGUUGUUUUUGUUUUUUAGAUACCUAUCGUAAGAAGUAUGAUUAUAUUCCAAGUAAGUAAGAAGUCUUUAGAUGGUAAAUCGUCAACGUCUAUAAUCCUGGUUGAAGGUUUUAGACACCGUUCACAUACACAUGACCACAAGUAUGUUAUUGAUAGUCAUAUCUUAAUUCCUUUCAAUUCCUACCCUCUAAGAGGUAGAGGUUGAAUCGACUUUGUAAAACUGGAGAAGAAAAGCGACUGCGGAACUGGAAUCAUGCGUUAUCUCGCAAGAGCUUCUGCUAAAGAUACUGGACUUGAUUUCAUACCUGAAAUUAUGGACUAAUAUAUAGAUUUAGCCAAGCCUAAAAGCGGAGCUCGCAUUUUUUUUUUCCCCGCACGUCUCAAGGGCACAACGCCGGCCAGGACCACAACCCGGGUCGUCCAACUCGGGAGCCCAAUGCACGAACUACCGGACAAAGCCGUGGCGUUGGCGUGCCCGCGGUACAGUUGACCACGCAUGUCAAAAGUAGCACCUUGUACGGUCGUUCGUUCGGUCGUACAUCCAAAUUUUUUCGGCUUGAUGGGUUACUACUAUUUUGUAUAAUUAUGGGGCUACGCUCUGCGAGCUCAGCUAUCAUACCUGACGUGUCACUUCAUUUUAUGCAGAGGACCUCUACGCGCCAUGGGAUCGUACUGGAUUCGAAUCAAAUUCUGACCAAUCAGCAGGGAUGAGAGGAAUGCCAUACGGUAAGACCAUAUUUACUUUAAAGGCGCUUUUUCCUCGAUAAAGGUUGUGUCUGCUGUCAAGACUGAAAAGGCCUAUAACUUCUGCUUUUUCUCCUCGAUAAGGUGCCUGUCCGUCGCAAUUUUUCGACCUCCCCUUACAGUUUUCAGGUACUUACUUGUGUUUCAGUGAGGAGGAAGGUAUUGUGAAAAUAAAGGUCUUUUUUUUUCUGUAAGAACGAAGAAGUAAGAAAACAAAGCACAAUGACCCUGCCGGAGCUUGAACAUCUUGAUUUGGUUUUGUUUUCAGCGCGCAAAUUUCCCAGCCGCCGCAUCCCCCAUUCACAAAACUACCGAAUGCUCACUAUUACUUCUCAUUUCUCCCUAGACAUGACCAGAGCAGAACGCAUGGCGCUUCUUUCUGGCGGAAAAUGGCUGCCAGGUAGGACUCUAGUUGUAAUAGGUACUUGAAACAGCUGUGACGAUUCGAAAUAGAUAGAAAUCAUCAAGUGGUUUUGCUUUGAAACUGUCUUUUCACUUAGGUUCUCGGGCUGUAAAAGUUCCGCAUAUACUGCCUCCCCCAAGUUAUCCAGGUAGGAAGAUUUAGUAUGUUGGGCCUCAGCGUAGAUGCUUAGCCUGUUUUCAGUCGUCCUUAGUUUGUUCAAGUUGAUUCACGAUCGAGUUCUUAUUACAUCCAAAUGCUCGAGUUAGCUUGAUUGACUGAAUUAAACGUAGCUCAGAUAAAGUUACGAGAAGAGAGACAUUGUCGCGUGAUUGUUGAUUUCGUUACUCGGCCGAUUCAUCACCAAAACAUAUCUCAUUUCAUUACGCUCGCCAGCAAUCCUCCAUGAAACACCCAUUCUGAGGGAAAAUAAUGAAUACCUACUCCCUCUUGGUCCUACCUAGAAGCCUCUUCCCUAUGAAACAGUGACCAGGCAAGGGAGGAGUCAUUUCUCUUAUCUUAUAAUGGUAGCUUGCCCUUCUUGCUUGUCACUAGUCACCCGCCCUUCUCGCUCGUUACUCUCAGUCGAGACAUUCCAGUUGUGUCAGAGCGUUCGGGAGGAGGCAGUUAUAGCUCCUUUUCUGAUUAUCUCAUUGUAGAUGUCGAUACUCGGUCAUACAACAGCUUCCAUGGAAAGAUGGACGAUAAAGAGACUGAAGACCUGAUCCGUGGUAAAGAAGGUACGAGCACACGUUGAAAUAAUAGACGAGGACUUCCUUUUGAUUUAGUCGACAUCGAGUAAAAUACGAGAGAAGGCUGCAUAGUCAGCGUUAAUACAAGGAAAACUACUGUAAGUUUAACUUUUUUUGCAGGACUGACAGAGACAGAGAAGCGCAAGCGUUUACUUACGGACCUAUUGGCGGAAAAGCUCAAGUCAAGUAAGACAUGUGUUCAUCUAUGUAAACCACAGCGCUUUUUUUUAGUUUAUUUGACCUCGAUUAAUGCUACGAGGAUAGUGCAAAUAGCGAACCGGAUAUUGUGUCAUUUACUUUCCUUUCUCUUUGUGUACUUAGAGGUGAGCGAAGCACACAAUCGAGGCAUUGAGAUUCCAUCCAAAAUACAAGAAUUCCUUUGGAAUUGUAAGUUUCUCAAGAAAUUUUAUUUUAUAAAAAUAUCAUUUAUCUAACUGAGCCUUUGGUUUGUUCGAAUUCUGGCGGCGUUGAUUGAAACAGGAUAACAGAGAAAAUGAUGUUAUUUUAAUUUCUCUUCUUGUUUUCUACAGAUGAAGCACGUCGAACAUCGGACACACGAUCUGGUGAGUAACGUUCAGUUGUCAAAUAAUUUUUUUUUUUUGGUGUUUUUAUCUGCAUAUCACACUAAACUCAGGAUCUGCCCCUGGAUUUUAAAAGGACGUUUAUGAAAAAUCGGGGGGCCCUCAGUGAAAUGUUCUCUUCCUCAGACUGGCGAUUGCCCCACACAGUGGGUGACUUGUUUGUCCAUUUCUUCAGUUGUUUCGUUUGGAUAACCUCUGUACGCGAAUUAAAAUGCUAAAUAUCCCUGAGCAACGUACAAUCUUCUUUAUAACUUACUAAACUGCAUUGAAUUUAUAUUUUUUUUUUUCUUUCAGAGAAAGACCGUCUGAGCCACUGA